CCCCCGAUAAGACUGCAUUCCCCUAUCCCAGCGCGUGAUCUAGAUACUCAUGUUGGCUCAGGUGAUUACUCCAUCAUCGGCGAUGGACCACAGCUAUGUGCCCGUUCACAGUAGCAUGCGAUAGCGGAGUGUGGCCAGCCUUGUCUUUUGAGUUGAAGUCAAUGUCGGCCCUCUGGAGUAGACGCUUGAGGCUGCCCUCAUGACCGUUUCCAGCGGCAUACGAUAGCGGCGGCCAGCUUUGUCUUGUAUGUUGACGUGCACGGCCCUACAUCGGAGAAUUAACUUGGGGCCGCCCUUGAGCCUGUUCCCCUCGGCAUGAAAUGGCGGCAACGGGAUGUCUAUGUUUAUUAACUCGUCGUCGAGGCGCUGCACCUAUUAAGGAGUAGUAGGAGAUUAAGGAUGCCCUCAUGCCCAUUCUUAGCGGCAUAUGAUAGCGGCGUCCGGCAGCCGAGUCUUUCGAGUCGACGUUGGCCCCUUCGCGGAGUAGCAGGUUGAGGCUACUCAGGUCCCCAUUCCCAGCGGCAUAAGAUAACGGCGUCCGGCCAGUGCGAACAAUACCCAUCAUAUGAGAGGGUCUUCGGUUCAGGGAUAUGGCCAUGCCAUAGAUACGGCCAUGCGACUUCAUAGCCCGGAAAAGGUACCCGAACAUCCCGUCGAGACGCACGAGACAGCGGCUGGGUUGGAAUCUGACUUCUGGCAUGGGCUGAUACUAUUAAGUGGAUUUGUUGUUGUGAUUUUGGUUGGAUCUGUUGUGGGUGCGGAUUAUGUGUUAUAUGGGUAUGUACAGGUGUAGUGAGGGUAUCCCCGUCCUCGUCGCCGUAAACACCUUCAUAUCUACCGGAAUCAUCGGCAUCCAUCUCCAUCCACACCAUUGGCCUUCAGCGUCCAUCCACAUCACCGUUACAUCCCACCACGAACAAACCACUAUAAAACAUGCCAACGCAACACAGUCAGUAAUCCUGUCUUUCCCCAGUUCUUUACUUGCACAGUUCCCACACCCGCUCCACCUCAACCACAGCACCACAAAACACACUCAAUCCCACGACAAUGGAUUUACAACAGUCAGCAAGGCUUUCAGGUGUUGGAUUCCAAGCCCAGCAGCUUUAAAUAUACCUUCCCGGCGCCUAUGAUCCUUGCGCCUGAGGCGACGUUGGCGUACAUCUUCUGGGCCGUGAAAGCCGGAAAAAUGUUGUCAUCAGCAGGUGUUGUUGUCGAUAGGUGUUGUUGUCGGUAGGUGUUGUUGUCGACAGAUAUCGUCUCGUCUCCAUCAUGGCUCGCUCAGCACUGGCCAGCGGGUAUCACGUGACCCUCUUUUACGUGACAUGACGGAUUUAUCAGUAAUUGUGUUCUCGGAGGCGGAUGUCAAUCAGGGAUAUAGCAGUUGCUAUUUUGACCUCGGAGUCGUUAGGUUCUAUCCGUUGUGGCGGAUGGUCUCUAGGUGGUGUAAGUUAUCGGCACUGGACGCCCAAAGUAGCGCCGUAACCAGAUUUGAUUUAGCAUAAGCGGCGAUACCCGGCAGAAUAGAAGUCGCCAUAUCGGGCUAGAAGCUUGUUUUCUGCCAAAACCGCUAUCGAUAUGAUUUUCUCGAGUUGGCGCCCGAAAUAAAUGCGACAACCUUGUGGGAAUCUCAACAAUUAUGUCAAAACGUGCACCAGUCGACAUCGGAGAUGGGCAUGAUGCCUAUCUGAAGCGUCAAAAAUUGUCCCAUGGAUUGAAGACAGUGAAUACCCAGCAAGAAAUUCAAUCUGGGAGACAAUUGCAGCAAUUGCUGAGUUUCGAUCAGGAUCUAGCAAGAGGAAAGCAUGGAAUUCAAUCCUUCAAAGCUUUCCUUGAUGGCCUCCUAGGUGAGGAGCAAUCCGACCGCCUUUCUAUUCUCCAAGAAUAUCUUCAAGCACAAAUUACGACAGACGAAGAGGAUAAAGCUGCAGUAUAUCUAUCGGAUAUCAUGCAAACAUGGAGCUUCGCAGCCCAAUCCAACAACGAUUCGCUCCUCUCCGCGGUACCUGCUGUCUUAGCCCUCCUGUUCAAAAUAAUAUCGACCAAACUCGAGCUCGUGCCAUAUGGCCUUCGACUGGGCCGAACGUUGCUGCAGAAGCGACAAUUGGAACUGAUUUCCCGUGGAACGACAACCAAUAAAUCAAAGGAUUUUGUUAUCUCGCCCGCACUGCGAUUAUUAAGAGAAGUUGCGAUAUUUGACGGAGGCGCACUUGCGAGCCAGCUUUUCCGUAUCCGAGAUUUGAGCUUGAAAGGGUUACCCCGAAACCUUGGAAUUAGGUAUUCCGGAGAAGGUCUGGAAGAACGUAGGAAACCCUCGGUGCGAACGAAUUCCCUUCGCCUCUUCCUUUCUCUGGUCAAGUUUCUUCCCACGGACGCCAGGAAGGAACUAUUAAGGCAACGGGAUAUUGUUUCAGGAGCAACGCGAGAUAUCAACCGCGACCCUCCGCAUGUUAUUGUGGAAUUUUUGGACACGACUAGAGUUCAUGUACUUCAAGAUGAUGCCCUCCCUUGCGACGCCAAAUCUAAGCUUUUGAACGCAGUCAACCUCGGACGGAUUGCCCAACUGUAUGGAUAUGCCUUUGAAGGCGAUGAAGCAUCGGAAAAUGAGAAACCUAUCGAUUUUCUGGUUAACGAGUGGCUUGUUCUAGCCUGCACUUCCCCAGACAUGGGGUUGCUUUACCGCCAAAGUGGCUUCUAUCCGAAAGACGCCAACGCAGAUGACACUGGCAGACGUGCUGGCCCCGAAAGACAUGUCGAUAUUGGCCUGGAUAGCCUCGAUUGGGCUAGCCGAUAUAAUGGCAAAGUCACCGUCCGCAAUUCCGUGUUGUCUGAGUUCAUACAAACCCUGCGGCCUUGGGCAAGCACCAAUCAAUCAAACCUCUUACUUGCUAUAUUUAAAGUUGCUCCUGAACUGGUGGCACACUACUUUUUCAACAAGCAGAGCUUUCCAUUCGACCCGAAAGCCACAUCGACAUGGAUGGGAUACUCGGCAUUUCUCUUCUCCGUACUCCAACUUCCAGUCCCAAAAUUCUUUGGACAUCUGGAACGAUACGCAAGAACCCCACCACCAUCAUCGAUCGUUAUUGAAAGCAUAUUACCUCAACCAGCCAACCAGAAAAUCCUCACGCGAUGUUUGGGCCAAAAGGAUCCUCUCAUCACCUUUUUCGUGGUCCGUCUGCUGACAGUUGCUUUUGAAAAGCUCCAAAAGAUUCUAUCUAUGUAUCGCGAGGCUUCUGAGAUGUCUCCUCUUUGGAAUGAGGCAGCCAUUAACCUCAAGGAUGAAUUCUGCAGAAGAUGCCCUGCUAUGAAAGAUGCUAUUAGCUCUUUCAGAAGUAUUGAUGAUUCUGAAAUUGCUCAAAAACAAGCUGCCAGUAGGCUAUUGGUCAUGUACUAUGAAGUCGUACCCCAGGCGGCGUUAGAAUCCAAAUUUGAUGUAUCCACGCCCUUAUCAAAGGCAUUACAACUACUGGAAUCAGAAGAGAUCUCGCCGGAAGAUAAAUCUCAGCGGGUGAUGGAAGUCGAGAAUCUUUUCCGAAUCGCUCAUUGUUCGCCAGGAAUGAGAUGGUUCAACAAAUCGGAAGGCCUAUCAAUUUCUCCAUUCACGUCCAUGCUUCGUCUACUUGCCGAAGCUUCUUCAGAUAUGCCACUGCUAAAGAUGAGGUCUAUUGUGGAUUCCUUGGUUAAAGAGAAUGGAAUUUUACAGUCACAGACCGAAUUAUCGUCAGUUGAUGCCCUUAUUGCUUCUACCAAGGCAUCGAUUGAAGAUGAAGACUCUGGGCUGGUCUUCGAGUUUGUUGACAACUGUACUCUCCGAUGCUCAUCAACCCCCAUCAAGUAUAUUGAUGCUCUAGAGCAGGAGUAUGCUGCUGUCUCCAAAGGUGACGAAACCAGCAUACAGAGUCUUCCAGUCAGCCUUCUCCAUUUUUCUGUUGCAGAGCAGUACCCAUUUGUGGUUAAAACUGCCGACACAGCUAAGAUUGCCGCCGUUUCAUCGUUUAUUUCGCAGUACUUGGCAGCUUCUUUGAAAAUUUCCGAAGACAAGAAGGUUUUGAAGUCCAUCACCAAAUCCCUCUCAGCUGCCUCAUCGCCUUACCCGAAGAUACAGAAAGUUAUCGACCGCUCUAGGAAACUCGUCGACUCUAUCGAUAUCCCAGGAUGUUUCCCCAUAGUGGCCCCGGCGCCCAAAAAGACCAUGAGCGCUUCGGCUGUCACAGACACCCAAAAGCUUCAAAUUACUGCUACACUCUCGGCCGUGUCACUACCAGACCUAGACGACCGCACGCCUCUGUCACGAUGGCCGAGCAAAGAAAUUGAGUUUCUAAUCGACGAAGGCCAGAUUGCCUCCCUUAUUCACCUCCUCAGCUCUCCGACCCUUUCCGCCCGUGUCGAAGCUCUCACCGCCCUUAGCAAGAUCAACCACACGCUGAAGUCUUCCAGCUACCCGGAGAAAGAACCACUCUGGCUGCUUCUCUGUGAACUUCUCGAGACAGUGAGGCCCAUCGUCAACGUCAAACCUGUGCCGUGCACGAUUACGGUCUUCGCCGCAUCAGCUUUGCGGGUGCUCAUUGACCCCCUCCAUGUUUUGUACGCGAAAGUGAACAGCUUCUUGACACUAGGCCCAAGCUGGGAGGCAGACAAACUACCUCUUGUUCAUGCUGUAAUUUCUAGCCCACCGACUCUGGAUGAUGCGCGCUAUACGGAGCUUAUUUGGCUCCUUUCUUACCUGCUAUCGUCUCUCAUGACUACAGAGGAGUUGGCGAUCUUUCACAAAAGGCGGGUGUUUGAGAAGGCUCUAGGUAUCUAUAGCAACGUAUACAUGGCCGAUAACCUACGCGAAAAGAUUCUACAAAUUGUCUGGAGAGCGACGGAAAUCGAAGGGGGAUCCGAAACACUUCUCACGAGAUUCGGCGUGGUUAGCUGGUUGAAGGCACAAGUUGCCCUGGAGGGCAAGAAAGGACUUACUGCGCAGAUACUCUUAGAACGACUUGUGAAUACAUGUAGCGAGGAAAGGUUAAAGGGGUGGAGUGGGCAGAGUCCCCAGGAGAUCAUUGAUGGCUUAGUUUCCCAAAAAUAGAUUGCCUAUGUAUGUUAGUUUAGCGGCAGAUCUCACGAUAAUUCACGCGGAGCAUACCUACACGAUGUGGUUGAUUGGUUGAGUCUCGUUGAAAAUACGAAUCUCACGGAACAUUUAAUAACACAGUAUAAGUCAAGUCGAAUGC